UGCCCGGUGUUCAGUCAAACGGUGAGAGCAGAGCGCUUGCAGCUGGAUCUCUCUGGUCAGUCAGCCUCCCGAUCACGACUAUGGAGCUCAUGUCGCUACUCUCUUUUUGUUUACUUUUUGGAAGCUCGAGGCAGUACCUGCUUACUAUCGGAGAAGCCUUAGAUGACUCACUGGAAAGGGGGCACACGAGUCUGAAUGAGAUGUUCCGCGAGGUGGAGAUGUUAAUGGGAGACACGCAGUUCAUUCUAGCGGAAGCCGUGGAUCAGAUGGCUAGUGAGAGUGCCAAGUCUUCUCUGACUGACUUGGGAAAGCUUGGCACACUUCUCAACGAUACCUUACGCACUUCUCGGGAUGGGAACCACACCACUGACAGGUUUGGCAAGGAUUCUGACGGUAUUACAGAGGACACCUCCAGUAUGGAGAUGAAUGGCAGAUGGAAUGAUUUGGAUUACUGCAUGGUGGAUGAAGACUGUGGAGCCCUCAGCUACUGCCUGUAUGAUGUAGAUGCUUCUAGGUGUUUACCUUGUAGAGCUGUCGACAUGACAUGCAAUAAAGAUGAGGAGUGUUGCUCUGACAGCAUGUGUGUGUGGGGGCAGUGCACAGUCAACGCCACCAGGGGCGCUGCAGGGAGUAUCUGUCAGUACCAGAGUGACUGCAGACCAUUGCACUGUUGUGCCUUCCAGAGAGAGCUGCUGUUCCCCGUGUGCACAGCCAAGCCCAGCAGUGGGGAGCCGUGUCUCAGCCACCCCAACCUGCUGAUGGACCUGCUGGCCUGGGACCAGGACGGCCCCCGUGACCACUGCCCCUGCGUCAGCGGCCUUCACUGCCAGCAGCAGGGGCGUGGUUCUCUGUGUGAGAAGUAGGUGGGAGACAACGUCACAGAGGAAGGUCUGAAUCUACAGUCUGACAGGAGACUGGAUGGUUCUGCUCUGACCAGAAACAACAGUUACCCCCUACCUUAGACCUUCCUGAUGAUCUGAAAAGAAUGGACUGGCAUGAGAAAGUAGAAAUGAUGAUGAAUUAGUUUGCUCGUGCCUGUCAAAAUAUUUUUUAUACAUCUUUUUUUAGUUUUACUAUGCAAAAACAUGAGGUCAAUCAGUCACAUUGGAGGAUAUACAUAGGAGUUGUUAAUUACAGAAUGGUACCGUUUUAUUCACAUUCACUUUUGGGGUUCAGUUUAAUUUUCUAUAGUUUCAGUUGUCAGACUCUUUGUAGCCAGGUGUGAAUCGCAUUUACAUUUACAUUUCGUCAUUUAGCAGACGCUCUUAUCCAGAGCGACUUACAGUAAGUACAGGGACAUACCCCCGAGGCAAGUAGGGUGAAGUGCCUUGCCCAAGGACACAACGUCAUUUGGCACGGCCAGGAAUCGAACUGGCAACCUUCUGAUUACUAGCCCGCUUCCCUAACCGCUCAGCCACCUGACCAGAAAUCUUCUCCAUAUUUUUUCUGUAAUCUCAAAUUGAAUGUGAUACUCUCCAUACUGUAGCCUACGUAUAUGCUGUUUAUAAUAUCGACAAUUGGUUCAUAGUGGGAGACUCUAAGAAGCCAACGUCUUGUAAUUGCCUUCUCGCUUGCAACCAUGAGAAUUUUUUAUAAACAUUUAUCUCUGGUA